CACUAUAAAAUUGAAGUAAACAUUCCACAAAGUAAAAUAAAAACUUUGAACUUUGUUGUUUGUUUUGAACUCAAAGUUCAGUAUUUAUCUUGAGAUUGAUUGAAAUCAUUUCUCUUUGCAGAUUCUGAUCUGAACAUAAUAGUUAAUUACCUAACCAUAGGUACAGUGUUUUUACCUGGUUUUUAUUUAUUCAUGGGUAAAAUGACUUUAAAAUUAUAUUACGACUUGAUGUCCCAGCCCUCCAGGGCUUUGUAUAUUUUGUUGAAGACAGUUAACUGCAAAUUUGAAUCGAAAUAUGUGGAUCUUCGGAAAGGUGAACAUUAUUCUGACGAGUUUACGAAAGUCAACAGGAUACAAAGAGUGCCGGUUAUUGACCAUAACGGUUUUGUUUUGACCGAAAGUGUGGCCAUCUACAAAUACCUGUCUCGCGAGGGCAUUGUGCCGGAGAGUUUGUUCCCGAAGGAAUCCCAGCAGCAGGCGCGCGUGGAGGAGUUCCUGGAGUGGCAUCACAUCGGCCUGAGGCUGCACACGGCUAUGUACUUCAGGGCUGUGUACUUGGAUCCUAUCAUCUUCAACCGCAAGAACACUCCAGAGCAGACCGUCGGCUACCAACGCCGCAUGGAGACGUGCCUCGAAGACUUCAGCACCAAGUGGCUGGGCAGGGGUCACGCGUUCGUCGUGGGCGACAAGGUCACCGUCGCUGACUUGGUGGCCGCUUGCGAAUUGGAACAACCCAGAAUGGCGGGCUACGAUCCCAGGGAGAAGUUCAGCAACAUAGCGGAGUGGUACGAGAGGGUGCGGUCCCACUUCAACCCACACUACGACGAGGCUCACGUGAUUGUCAACAAAGUUAUUGCCAAGAAUAACAAAACAAACGCCAAGUUGUGAUUCAACUUUGAAAUAACAAAUAUAAAUAAAUAAAGCAAAAUAUUCCCAGACUGAGUGGAAUAUUCCGAGAUUCCCACGUAAUUCAUUGAUAUUUGUACGGUGGUGGUAUAUAGGUACCUUAUCUAUACGGUAUAGGUAUAGUUUUAAAUUUUUAUUUUUAUAAUAAUUAUUUUAGAACGUAAACUUUAUAUUGGACCAGUAUUGAGAAGGCAAAAACACAAUAAUAUUAUAAUAAUAGAUAUUUAAAAAUAAAUAUGCAUUCAUUACAUUAUAUCUAUACACAUAUCUAUACAUAUAUCUACCUAUAUAAUACAUACAAUUUUGUUUAUAUAAUUUUAACUAUGUCGAUAUUUUUGUUAUUUUGAGAAAUAUUAUAUAAUUUUCGGUGUAAGUUUGAAAUGAUAAUUGUUUGUGUAUAUUUUUAUAAAGUUUAUUACUGCUAAUAAAA